UGGAGAUGAAGCCCGGACUGACCAUCAUUAAGACGGAAAAAGUUGAAUAUGAGCCGAUCUCCUGUGCUGAUAUGGAGUGCGCUGAUGUGCCUCUGCUGACCCCCAGCAGUAAGGAGAUGAUGUCACAGGCUCUCCGCGCCACCUUCAGCGGCUUCACGAAGGAACAGCAACGUCUGGGCAUCCCCUUUGAUCCGCGGGAGUGGACGGACGCUCAUGUCAGGGAAUGGGUGUCUUGGGCAGUCAUUGAGUUCACGCUAAAGGGAGUGGAGCUACAGAAGUUCUGUAUGAGUGGAGCAGCGCUGUGUGCUCUUGGGAAGGACCGAUUCUUGGACCUCGCACCAGACUUUGUCGGAGACAUCCUGUGGGAGCACUUAGACAUCUUGCAAAAAGGUGACUCCAAAUUGUACCAGACAAGUGAGCUGACCCCUGCCUAUCCUGAGCCCAGAUACACCACCGACUACUUUAUCAGUUACGGAAGUGAACAUGCACAGUGCGUUCCCCCCUCGGAGUUCUCAGAGCCCAGCUUUAUCACAGAAUCCUACCAGACUCUCCACCCCAUCAGCUCAGAGGAACUCUUGUCUUUGAAAUAUGAGACAGACUACCCCACCCCCAUCCUGAGAGACCCCCUACAGCCUGACUCUCUCCAGGGAGACUACUUCACUAUCAAGCAGGAGGUGGUGUCACCGGACAACAUGUGUGUGGGCAGGAUCAGCCGAGGCAAGCUUGGCGGACAGGAGUCAUUUGAGAGUAUCGAGAGUCACGACAGCUGUGACCGCCUCACUCAGUCAUGGAGCAGCCAGUCUUCGUACAAUAGCCUGCAGCGUGUCCCAUCGUAUGACAGCUUUGACUCGGAGGAUUACCAGCCUGCACUGCCCAACCACAAACCAAAAGGAACCUUCAAGGACUAUGUGAGGGACCGAGCCGAGCUGAAUAAAGACAAGCCAGUCAUCCCUGCUGCUGCCCUUGCAGGAUACACAGGCAGUGGACCAAUCCAGCUUUGGCAGUUCCUCUUAGAGCUCCUUACAGACAAGUCAUGCCAGUCUUUCAUCAGCUGGACGGGGGAUGGCUGGGAAUUUAAACUGUCUGACCCAGAUGAGGUUGCCCGGCGUUGGGGCAAAAGAAAGAACAAGCCGAAGAUGAACUAUGAAAAGCUGAGCCGCGGCCUACGAUACUACUAUGACAAGAACAUCAUUCACAAGACAGCCGGCAAGCGCUACGUCUAUCGCUUUGUAUGUGACUUGCAAAGCCUUCUGGGAUACGUGCCGGAGGAGCUCCAUGCCAUGUUGGAUGUUAAACCGGACAACGAUGAAUAG